UUCAGCUCAGCAAUCACUGAGAUCCAUCACUCUGAUGACAGUAAAGGAACAAGGACGUGGGUUGAUCCAGUGACAGAGAUGGCCAUGGCCCCGAGGGGGCCUGUACUCCUGCUGCCCCUUGUCCUGCUGACCACUGGCCUGGCCCAGCUCACCGAAGGCGCCAGCUACCAGCAGUUUGUGAACCAGCACAUUGACUUCCCCAGGUCCAGAGUCCCCAACAACCAGAACUACUGCGACCUCCUGAUGCAGCGCAGGGGCCUGACCCACCUUGUCUGCAAACCCAUCAACACCUUCAUCCACGAGCCCGCUGGCCAGCUCCGAGACAUCUGCGGACGCGGAGGGAGACACAUCAAGAGGAACCUCUAUGACAGCAAAAGAACUUUCCGUGUCACCACGUGCCGGGAGACACCUGGCUCCCGCCCGAGGCACUGUAGAUACAGGGCCUCAGUUCGCGUCACCAGGGUCCGCGUGGCUUGUAACUCUAAUCUGCCCGUGCACUUAGAGCCAACAUACUUGUCAUGAGCAGGAAGCAGGGGAUCCCUCUUGCCCCCUGGCCCCACUUUGCUCCUGAGGUUGCUAGGGGCUCCCCUGCCCCAUCCUUGCCUCUCCUGAGCAGCA